AAAUCGAACGCACCCUUUGCCGUGUUUUGUUGUUUUUCAGCGGUGUAUCGUGUUUGGCCUGUCAAACCGUGUGACUUUUGGCUGGAGCGACGAGACGGGAAUAACAGGGAUGCACAUGACUAAAAAGACCAGGAGCACAAUGAAACCACCAUCACAGACUCCAACAUGUCCUGUAAACAGCUCACUAUUUGAAGGCGUAUACAACAAUGCCAGGAUGCUUCAUUUCCUCACAGCAGUUGUGGGCUCCACCUGUGAUGUCAGAGUGAAAAACGGCACAGUUUAUGAAGGAAUCUUCAAGACUUUGAGCUCACAGUGUGAGCUGGCUGUGGACGCUGUUCAUAAACGGAGCGAAGGAGAUGGAGGAGGAGGAGGUGAGGAAGGAGGGGGAGGAGUUAACCAGUCAUCUCCACCUAAGAUUGAAGAUAUUACUGACACAAUGAUCUUCAGCCCUGCUGACCUGGUGACCAUGACCUGUCGGGAUGUUGACUUGAGUUUUGCUGUCAGAGACACGUUCACUGACACAGCCAUCAGCUCAUCACGAGUGAACGGGGAACACCGGGAGAAGGUUCUGCAGAGGUGGGACGGGAACGGAAAUGGUGAAAACUUUGAGCUGGAGGCAGAUGCGUCGAAUGGCUGGGACGCAAACGAGAUGUUCAAGUUCAAUGAGGAGGCGUAUGGUGUCAAGUCCACGUAUGACUCCAGCCUCUCUAUGUACACCAUGCCUUUGGAGAAAGGGAACUCUGAGGUUUACCGGCAGCGGGAAGCACGGGCAGCUCGGUUAGCCAAUGAGAUUGAAAGCAGCCUGACGUACCGCCGGCGGGUUUCUUUAGAGAACGAUGAAGGCCGGAGCGAGGAGGACAAAUACAGCUCCGUGGUCCGAGAGAGGGAGGAGCGGGCCAGCCCUGGAUUCACCUCCAGCAGCAGGGAAGGUAAAUACAUCCCCCUCCCCCAGCGGGCACGAGAGAUUGGCAUGUCUGGCAGCAGUGGAAGAACCGGAGGCUCUGGUCGCACAACCGCACCGACCUCCUCCAGGCACGUGCCACCCAGCUCGUCUUCCCCAAAACUGUCCUCUGAAACGAGCAGCCCGCUGUCUGUCAGAACAGCCUACUCACCUCACCAAUCACAGAGCAGCCCACCGGCAGCCGGCAGCCCACCCUGCACCAAUCAUGUUCUGCCGCACUCCCUAUCCCAUCCUCAGGCACUGGCUGACACGACACGCUCAGCAGUUAAUGGAGUUACAUCUAGAACAUCACCCAAAGCUCAGAGAAUUCAGAGCACCAGAACCCUACGGACCCCAAACUCCCAAUCCUCACCUGCAGGGUCUCGUGCUCCAAAACCAGACGCCCCUCCCCAGGACCUCCACCUGGUCGGCCCUGCCUUCCUGGACUCAUCCUCGACUGUAACCACGACAGGCACCUCCACCAAACCUACUGGCCCCACCCCGCUCUUUCCUGUUGAUGUGAAUGAAAUCCUCAGCACAGCAGCUAAAGAGCGAUCUGAGAGUCUGUCCAGUCCCCAGGAUGGCAAGAGCAGCAAAGCUCCCUCAUUCCAGCAGAGAUCCCAGCUGGAUGAGCUGCGCAAGUUCGGCAAAGAGUUCAGGCUGCAGCCGAGCUCCACUCCUACAGCGAGCCCCGCUUCCUCAGAUCCUCCUCAGCACAGCUCUGCCUCACCUGCUGACUCCUCCUCUUCCUCCUCCUCACCUGCACCACCUAAACCCGUCACACCUCUCACCUCUUCUUCCCAAGAGCCGCAGCAGCCAACUAGUGCACCUUCUCCUAUCGCCACCCCUCCUGCACCUGCUGGCCCACAAUCUUCAGGGGCAGGGGGCCUGGACUCUGGGAUGACACAGUUAUCUCUGGCCUCUAACAGUGAGGAGGCCACAUCUCCAGAGAGCGGUGAACGAUCAGAGGCUGAGUCCGCCACUGCUGCGCAAGUGAAAAACUCAACUUUAAAUCCAAAUGCAAAAGAAUUUCUUCCCAUAAAAGGAAACACAGCUGUGCAGAAGCCUGCAUUAACUCCCACCCCUCCUCGACCAACACCCCCAAGCCCCUCCUUGGUUCUGCCUCCUCCAGGACAGCCAGGUGGCGGAGCCAUCUACAGCAGCCCACCUGGUCCCUACCUGUCCUACGUUUCCCCCCUCCACAUCCAAGGGCACUCCAUCCAGAGUCCUCAGAUGUAUCAGUACUCAAUGUCUACUGUCAACCAGGGCAAAUACCCCAGACCCAAAGGCCCAGUGGUGGGACAACGUCCAGAGCAUCACACCUCCCAGACCUCUCCCAUGAUGUCAGCUGCAGCCUCAGCAGCAGGACCCCCGCUGGUGGCUUCACCUUACCCCCAGUCUUACUUGCAGUACGGCCAGGUGAUCCAGGCCAUGCCUCCUCACUACCAUGGACAGCCAGUUUACUCAAUGCUGCAGGGAGGUGCAAGGAUGCUGACGUCCGGAGCCCCUCAUCAGCCCAUGGGCCCCCCCGGCCCCCAGUAUCCCAGUCAGACAGAGGGCCAGCCGAGGCCACAACAGGCCAUGUAUGCUCAGUCAUUCUCUCACCACUCCGGCUCCAUCCAUCCUCAACCCUCGAGCACCCCCACUGGGAAUCAACCCCCACCCCAGCACACGGCACCUAGUCCAGGACACUCUCAGUCAAAUCAGGGUGGUCCUCAGCCUCAGUCCAUGUUUCAUUCUGGAGGGUUAUCGGCUCCCACUCCUCCAAACAUGCCGCCGGGCCACAGCUCCCCACAGGCCUCUUACACCAUGCAGGGAUACAGCCUGCCCACCCACCAGCCGCUGCCACACGGCUUCCCCUCAAUCAGUCAGCUCACACAGGCUCACGUCCCUGGAGGCAUGUCGGGCCCUCACCCCUCAACAGGUCAUGGACUGCCUCCUGUCAUGCUGCAUUAUGUCUCCCCUCAGCAGGGCAGCGGCUCCAACCCCCAGCAGGGGGCACCACAACACUUCUACAUCGGACCCCCUCAAGCUGUUCAGGUUCAGGCUCACCCCUCCCAGCAGCUCUCCUUCCAUCCAUCUGCAAACUGAAACCUCCUCAUCACAGCUGGAUCCAGGAGUGAGGAAGACCAGUAUUACUGCGUGACGCAAAAAACCUUAAAGCCCCAAACAUCUUGUUACAUUCCCACUUCCUGACAUGACACUAACACGUCCUUCUUAGCAUUUUUCAUCUUUACACAGAAAAAUCUCACACAGGACUUGUCUGGAUUUUAAAAUGUAAAUACUGACUGUUUUCACUCACAGACAUGAAAAUGGACUGAAGACGAUAACUGACGACUGGAAACAGUUUAAUCCCUGUCCCUUCUCUCUGUCCUUUUACAGACAAACCAGUUCAUUAUUAAUAAAACCAUUGAAAACAA